CACGGGUCUCUAAUGCUGCUGCUCUCAUAAUACAUCACACUACAUAACGCUCACUAUCACACUUAUGACCUUUUAUGAGCUCGGACUAUUAUAACACCGGUAAUGAUGGCUUUUUCUUCACACUGACACCUCUAUGGGAUACGUCGAGCGAGGGUUUGGAUAUUUCCUGUCCGUCAGGCCUAAGACCAUGAGUGAUCAUCAGGAUCAGGCUGAAGAUGUCGGCCUCCUAACGACUCAUGAUCAGUCAGAGCCCUCAAAGGACGAUGACAUGCAUUUCAGGGUGCAUCUAAUAGAUGAUCUGUCAUAUGAGGACGCCAAGAAAUGCUACCGUGGAUCUACCGUCAGCAAGUACAAUGCGCAGUACCACAAGCUUUUCCAGAGCAUUCCCAAAGAAGAGCUGCUAAUGAAAGUUUACUCCUGCGCCCUGCUGCGAGACAUCCUGCUGCAAGGCCGACUCUAUAUCUCUCGAAACUGGCUGUGUUUCUACACCAACCUCUUUGGUAAAGACAUCAAGGUGGCCUUUCCUGUUGCGUCUGUGCGGUUGGUGAAGAAACAUAAGACAGCAGGUCUGGUUCCUAAUGGCUUGGCUAUCACCACAGACAGCAGUCAGAAGUACGUGUUUGUGUCUCUACUGUCCAGAGAUAGCGUCUAUGAUGUGUUGAGAUGCAUCUGCACACAUCUACAGGUCAAUGGAAAGAAGAUCCUAAGCCUCAAGCAGUACAUGGAGGAGCCCAUCUCUUUAUCUCUGGAUGAGUUCCCUGUCCCUGAAGUUUUCCCUGUACCAGAUGAGUUUCCUCCGGUGCUGAAGUGGAGGAGGAAGCCGUCAGUUGUGUCUGUAGCUUCAUCUCUUCCUGACUUACUGGGAAACUCCACCGCCGGCCUGAGUGCCGUAGACGCCCCCUUCCAGACAGACAAGCCUCUGGAGGAUCAAAGUCUGGAGACCAAGAAGAUCCUCCUGACAGAGACGAUACCAGAACUGGGCCAGAUGGAGUACCAGCUACUGAAAUUCUUCAUCCUGCUGUGA